AUGAGGCACUUUGUUUCCGCUACUAGUACUCUCUUCCUAUCCUUCAUUGGAACUUCCGACGCAUUUUUGUUUGGUCCGACCAGAAACCCUCGGUCGCAUACACAUCUUUAUCAAACACACCAUGAGGUCGAAGAUUAUCGAGAAGGGAUCCAUGGUUCUCGCAAUACCAAGGAUGAGGGGGUCACAGAGGUGGUCAUGAAAUUUGGAGGAAGCUCCUUGGCUGAUGCUACCCGUGUGGAUCAUGUAGCCAACCUCAUCAAAGAUCAAAUCCAAGAAGGGUACAGACCCAGAGCCGUUGUUUGUUCUGCCAUGGGAAAAACUACCAAUGCCUUGUUGGCUGCUGGAGACUUUGCUCUCGACGGCAAAGUCUGUCUCGAUGCAACUCGGGAACUGCACAUGCAAACAAUGGAUGAAUUCAAGAUAUCAGAUAGCACCAGAGAAGAAGUCAACGCAUUGCUCAAGGAAUGUGAAAAUAUGCUCACUGGGGUAUCACUCAUCCAAGAACUCUCUCCGAAGUCGCUGGACCAACUAGUGAGCUAUGGGGAACGAUGCAGCGUUAGAAUCAUGGCGGAAAGGUUGAAUCAAAUUGGAGUCCCAGCCAAAGCCUUUGAUGCGUGGGAUGUGGGAAUUGUCACAGACAGUGACUUUGGUGAUGCCAAACUACUGCCCGAAUCCAGCGGACUGGUCCGAAGAGCAUUUGAAAGUCUUGACCCCAAUGUCGUGGCUGUUGUGACUGGUUUUAUUGGACACAGUCCUGAAGCAAAAAUCACCACUCUGGGCCGUGGAGGAUCUGACCUGACCGCAACGCAAAUUGGUGCUGCCAUGGAUCUUGAUGAGAUUCAAUGCUGGAAAGAUGUCGAUGGGAUCCUUAGUACAGAUCCGAGGCUUGUCAAAGCAGCAGUUCCCGUCAAACACGUCACUUUUCAAGAAGCGAGUGAACUGAGCUACUUUGGUGCCAGCGUAUUGCAUCCCAUCGCCAUGCAACCAGCCAUGCAAAGCAACGUUCCCGUUAGAGUCAAGAAUUCAUACAAUCCUAGUGCAGAAGGAACAAUCAUCUCAAAUGCCAAAACGGCAACAAACCUCGUGACCGCGUUGACAUUCAAACGGGACGUCAAGGUUCUUGACAUUUACUCUACCAAAAUGUUGGGCGCUUAUGGAUUCCUCGCACGCGUAUUUGGAGACUUUGAAAAGCACAAGUUGUCCGUCGAUGUUCUGGCAAGUUCAGAGGUAUCAGUAUCACUCACAUUGGACAAGAAACAGAAAAUGGACUCGAUCCGAGAACUAGUCAAGGACAUGUCACCAUAUGCCGACGUGACACUGACGGAGAGAAGGUCCAUCUUGACCUUGAUUGCCGAUGUGAAACGUAGUUCUGAGGUGCUGGCUACGGUCUUCCAGGUUUUCGCCGAGCUUGGCAUCUCAGUCAAAAUGAUGAGUCAAGGGGCUUCCAAGGUGAACAUUUCAUUUAUCCUGAGAGAUGACCAGCUCGAUACUGCUGUCCAAGAGCUGCACAAGUGCUUCUUUGAAGGCAACUGCAUUGUUAACACUGUCAGUCCUUAUGUGGAAAUGAUGAAGGAAGAAACUGUUUAA